AUGGAAAAGUCCGGCCGCAACGAGGAGGAUCUCUCGCUCCUUUCGUCAUCCUCCACACUUCGAGAUGAGAGGCCUUGUAUGCAGAGCGAUGGAGGCUCAGGUGCGCCCUCCUUCGCAACGGCGUGGUCGCCCAAUUCGCUGUCUGGUUUUUUUCGAAGAGGCGGCGCGGCGCCGUCGUUUUUUUUUACUCGUGAAGCGCAGCUUAGUGGUAGCGCUAAUGGCGAUGAUGAUGAUGACGGUGGUGUUGGUGGUGGUGGUGGCGGUGGUGGUGAUGGCAGCAACAAUGGCAGCAGUAAAUCCCCGGUUAGUGCGUGCGUAGUUGUUGUGGGGGAUUCUUGCAGUGGGCGCACAACCAUCGCUGCAACUGCCGCCAAGGCUGCAUCGCGCCUACGCUCUGCGAUGGAUUAUCAUUUUGCGAGUUCUGGUUCCUCCAUGACCUAUGCUUACCGUUCCUCCGUGUCAAAGAGGAAGGAGUGCUUGCUGCUGAAUGUUGUUGAUGGGGGACCCCUGCCGCUGCGAGGUGGUGCAAGUCGCCGUUUUUUGCCACGCUGUGACGCUAUUAUCGUUACUUUCGCUUUAACUGGUAUUAAGCAAAAGCGACCAGGUGCAAAAAAGUUUUUAUCUUUGAUUGGAAGCAGCCGAAGUGGCAAAGAGGGUCCGCCUGUAAUUAUACACCCUAAAGACAUUGCACUUCUGUAUGAUCUGCUUUCAAUGGUUGUUGCGCGGGUAACCCCUGGUGUUUGCUCUCCCAAGAUAAUCCUGGUGGGUACGCACAAGGAUUUAUUGACGGAUCAAUCACCGAGUAGUGUGGAGCUUCUCCUAAAGGAAUUACGCUCGAUCUGCAGUGGUUUCUUGGAUACGUUUCAGAAAGCACCGGUGUUAAACUCCCUCUUCGCUGUGAGUACACUAGAUGGCUCUUGCAUCCCUGAGAAUCGAGGUGGCCCGAACACAGUAGCUGCAAUGUGGAACUUUAUUUGCGAUGUCGCCUUGAAAGAAGCCGCGACGCGGGGGAACUCGAUGCAAACUCAAAUAGAGUUUAACAGGCCUUUCUUUCAGGACUCAUUCUCUUCUUUUACCGGUGUGGUGCGUAAUGCCCCCGAUAUGGGAGACGAACGAGUUUCAGCAAGAUGGGGGAUGCCUCAUGAUAGUAAAGAUACUCUCUCUGGAAAGAGCACAAAUGUUUCACCCUCAGCCGAUUCUCUGAUGGACCGAGUCCAUGCAAAACUCUUACGUCUUAUUUUUCACGUGAAGGCUGAACGCAAGACGGUUUUUAUAUACUUGAAUGUGCUGUGGAGGCUGAUGUAUUCUUUGGGGUUUCCCAGUAAGAAACAUUUCUUGACGGUUUUACAACAAUUACAACUUGCUGGUGAAUUGGUUUUAUUUCACCAGCGGCCAAAUGGUCUUUCAACACAAAAUGUGUGCAUUUGUCUCCAGCCACAUCUUAUUGAGCGUGUCCAGGCGACGGUGUUCCUGUAUGCGAGCUACGUCAACUAUCGAUGUGAGGAGCACGGCAGGUUGCUGACAGAUGUUAACUUGGAGGCAUGUGGACGGUGCGACCGUAACCGAGAUGUUUCACGUGGUGUGUUUCCACAAAAACUAUUGCUUGAACUCGCUCGGAGGCUCAAACUUGCCUGCUCACCAUCUGAGGCUGCAGUGACAUUUGGAAUGCUACUUUUGCUUUCUGAUACGGCUUUCAUGAGACGCUGUCGUGUACAAUCCCUGAUGAGCGUGGCGGCCAUUCCCUCAUUCAUAUCGCCACCUACCGAGGACGGUCUUGGGUCCUCAUCCGCGUUGCCUGUCAAUUAUGUGGAUCCCAGCAUGACGGGGGGUUCAUCGGAGAACCUCAACAAUGGACUGGAGAGGUCACCACUGCUACCUUACGUACCGCUGCGAGGGGAGGGUUCGUCAAUGGAGUAUGUUGUCCCCAGCUUAAUACGAGUUAAGUGUCCUGGUGAGGUAAUCAAUUGCGUGCGUCGCCUUGUCUCCGCAUCGAGAAGUGUGAGGGAGGGAAGGUGGGGUCAUUCUAUGCCACGUCUUCUUGCGCUGCGUGGAUGCCCUCCGGAUUUCUUUCCAAUGCUCACAAACCGCUUGCAUCGUUACCUGGAGCCAUCUUCUCCCAUCUUUUCCCAGUCUCUUUGGCUAAGCGCUGCGGCGUCGGCCGGGCAGCCCGCUCCAUUCCUGCGGAUGUUCAUCUGCCUCACGAAUGAUGAAUGGACCAAUUGUGCUGCGGAUGAUUGCCCGGAAGGUGGAGUGUCACUCCUUGAGCUCAACGCUUUUUCCGAGGUUGGCUACCUGCCGCUGAUGCUGUUCGUUGACGACAUCACGCGUCGGGUGGCAGCGCUCGUUCGCCACGAAUUCCCGGGGAUGCUCACCUGGACGCUGUCUAAUAUUCCCAAAAGUAAGAGUUCUUUGUCUAGUGACGGCGCUUACACCACUGGGGUGCUAAAAGGAAUGGAAAAGCUCUCUGAAGUGGUAACAGUGCGGGACUUGGACAGCUUUUUUCAUUCUCUUGACUAUUAA